CCGCCACUAGACGCUCCCCCCCGCCGCCAAACUCCCCACCAUCUUCUGCAUGUGCAAGCAUCGCAGCCGGACACAAACCGCUCCCCGGCGAUGGAGACUGCGGGAAAAAGCCGGUGCGGCGGGAUGGCUUGCUGAAACGGCGGGGAGAGAGGCUGAGAGCGAGCGGCGGAGGAUAGCGAGCAAAUACUAAGACAAAACAAAAGAAAAAAAAAUCCGAAAAAAAAAAAAAAAGAAAAAAGAAAAAGAAAGGAGGAAAGCUCUCUUUUUCUCCCCCUUUCCUUUUUUUUUUUUUAUUUUAAAUUCUUGGUUUUGUUUGUAGCCGUCUCGUCCUCAAUGCCUCUCUGAGCAGCAUCUAGCGAGCGAGUGGGAGAAGGCGAGAGAGAGAGGCAAAAGAGAAGAUGAGGAUAAUUUGCAGACAGCUUGUCUUGUUGUUUUCUGGCUUUUGGGGACUAGCAAUGGGAGCUUUUCCUAGCAGUGUGCAAAUAGGUGGUCUCUUCAUCAGGAACACAGAUCAGGAAUAUACUGCUUUUCGAUUAGCAAUUUUUCUUCAUAACACCAGCCCCAAUGCAUCUGAAGCACCUUUUAAUUUGGUUCCUCAUGUAGACAACAUUGAAACAGCUAACAGCUUCGCUGUAACAAAUGCCUUUUGCUCCCAGUAUUCUAGAGGAGUUUUUGCCAUUUUUGGACUAUAUGAUAAGAGAUCAGUACAUACCUUGACCUCAUUCUGCAGCGCCUUGCACAUCUCCCUCAUCACGCCGAGUUUCCCCACCGAAGGUGAGAGUCAGUUUGUGCUGCAGCUGCGGCCAUCUCUGCGAGGAGCCCUCUUGAGCUUGCUGGAUCACUAUGAAUGGAAUCGCUUUGUCUUCCUGUAUGACACAGAUCGAGGUUAUUCAAUACUUCAAGCAAUUAUGGAAAAAGCAGGACAAAAUAGCUGGCAAGUCAGUGCCAUCUGUGUGGAGAAUUUUAAUGAUGCCAGCUACAGGCGGCUUUUAGAAGAUCUGGACCGAAGACAAGAGAAGAAAUUUGUAAUAGACUGUGAAAUAGAGAGGCUUCAGAAUCUCUUAGAGCAGAUUGUGAGCGUGGGAAAGCAUGUUAAAGGAUACCAUUACAUUGUUGCCAACCUGGGAUUCAAAGAUAUUUCUCUGGAGAGGUUUAUGCAUGGAGGAGCUAAUGUGACUGGAUUUCAGCUGGUAGAUUUCAGUACACCAAUGGUAACUAAACUGAUGCAGCGCUGGAAGAAGCUGGACCAGAGAGAAUACCCAGGAUCCGAGACCCCACCAAAGUAUACAUCUGCAUUAACAUAUGAUGGAGUACUUGUGAUGGCUGAAACUUUCCGUAAUCUUAGAAGACAAAAAAUUGAUAUUUCAAGAAGAGGAAAUGCUGGUGAUUGUCUUGCUAACCCUGCUGCCCCAUGGGGUCAAGGAAUUGAUAUGGAGAGGACAUUAAAACAGGUUCGAAUACAAGGAUUGACAGGAAAUGUUCAGUUUGACCACUAUGGUCGCAGAGUCAACUAUACGAUGGAUGUCUUUGAGCUGAAAAACACAGGCCCCCGGAAGGUUGGUUACUGGAACGACAUGGAUAAAUUAGUUCUGAUUCAGCAUGAACCUACACUUGGAAAUGACACUUCAGCCAUUGAGAAUAGAACAGUAGUUGUCACUACAAUUUUGGAAGCCCCAUAUGUUAUGUUCAAGAAAAACCAUGAUACGUUUGAAGGGAAUGACAAGUUUGAAGGAUACUGUGUAGAUCUGGCGUCAGAAAUUGCAAAACAUAUUGGUAUCAAGUACAAAAUUGCCAUUGUUCCUGAUGGAAAAUAUGGAGCAAGGGAUCCAGAGACAAAAAUCUGGAAUGGGAUGGUGGGAGAACUUGUUUAUGGGAAAGCAGAGAUUGCUGUUGCGCCUCUGACCAUCACUUUGGUACGAGAAGAGGUCAUUGAUUUUUCUAAGCCUUUUAUGAGUUUGGGGAUAUCCAUUAUGAUCAAAAAGCCCCAGAAAUCUAAACCAGGAGUGUUUUCCUUCUUGGACCCUUUGGCGUAUGAGAUCUGGAUGUGCAUAGUCUUUGCCUACAUUGGUGUCAGUGUGGUCCUGUUCCUAGUUAGCAGGUUUAGCCCAUACGAGUGGCACACAGAAGAACCAGAGGAUGGGAAAGAAGGACCCAGUGACCAACCUCCCAAUGAGUUUGGCAUAUUCAACAGCCUCUGGUUUUCCCUGGGUGCCUUUAUGCAACAAGGAUGUGAUAUUUCCCCAAGAUCCCUCUCAGGUCGCAUUGUUGGAGGUGUCUGGUGGUUCUUCACGCUCAUCAUUAUUUCAUCCUAUACUGCUAACCUCGCUGCUUUCUUGACUGUUGAGCGAAUGGUCUCGCCCAUAGAAAGUGCAGAAGACCUUGCCAAACAAACUGAAAUUGCUUACGGGACACUGGACUCAGGGUCAACCAAAGAGUUCUUCAGAAGAUCAAAAAUAGCAGUGUAUGAAAAGAUGUGGACCUACAUGAAAUCAGCAGAGCCGUCAGUGUUCACUAGGACUACUGCAGAGGGAGUAGCUCGUGUCCGCAAAUCCAAGGGCAAGUUUGCCUUCCUGCUGGAGUCCACCAUGAAUGAAUACAUUGAGCAACGAAAGCCUUGUGACACCAUGAAAGUGGGAGGAAAUCUGGAUUCGAAAGGCUAUGGCGUAGCCACACCGAAGGGUUCUCCAUUAAGAAAUGCUGUUAACCUCGCAGUUUUAAAACUGAAUGAACAAGGCCUCUUGGACAAAUUGAAAAACAAAUGGUGGUACGACAAAGGAGAAUGUGGCAGCGGGGGAGGUGACUCCAAGAACUCCUGUAAACCUUGCCGUUUUGAAACUCAGUGAGGCAGGCGUCUUAGACAAGCUGAAAAACAAAUGGUGGUACGAUAAAGGUGAAUGUGGACCCAAGGACUCUGGAAGUAAGGUCAGUCGCUGCAGUUCGGGACCUACUAUCGUGUUCACAAAGCAGUAAAGGGAGUAAUGACCAAAAUGACUUAGAAGUGAAAUAAGCAGCUGUAGACACUCACAGAGCAAAUUGGCUUGGCCCCAUCUUGAUGGGGGUCACACUUUAAUUUAAAGAAGCACUAUUGCUUUCUGAAGUCUUCAGUGGUAUAAAUCACCAUAAAUCAGCCAACGUCCUCCUACAUGUUGAAGGCAGCUGUUGGAGAGUUACAAGGCAGAGUUUUUGUCUGGGGGGAAGCAGGUUGGGUUGGUUGUUUCCAUCGUGCCUACGGGGGAUGUACCUUCCCUGUCUGCUACUUGAGCUUGGCUCCACUCAUAUCUUCUCCUUUCAGGGCUGGCUAGCCUUAUGGUGUCUUUGGACAGGGAGAAGCACUAAGGGGAAGGAUUUCCAUUUCUUGCUCCCAUUAGUGAGGUCUCUUGCUCCUCGAGCAGCCAAGGAAGCCCUAAUUUAAGCUUUGGAGUGAAAGGUUUCAAUAAUUCAUAGCUUUCUACAGCUACCCAUAUUUACCCUAGUCCAUUCCCAAACUAAUCAUCGGAGCUUCAGGGAGCUCAUGAGGACAAGCCCAGAAGGAGGUAUUUUUCUGGUGCACCACAGUUAGUGCCAGCCCUGUGUUCUGGGAGUCUGAAACAUCCCCAUGGUGCCUGUCUUGGUGCCAGCUUGUGGUGCCCAGAGCUGAGGGGACAGCAUGAGGGCAGUGACUGCUAGCUCUCCCUGCCCUACACAUUUUGCUUUUCUUGCAAGCGGUUUGGAGAAAGGAGUGACAAUCGUCAAGGGGAUGGCAGAACACCCAUAAAGCACAGCUAAGAAAGCCUCAACCCACUGUGUCCAUUAGAUCAGGUCCUUCCCAGUCCUGCCUGCUCCUUGUUCCCAAGCUCCAUGUUAGCAAUUGCCACCAGAGGAACUGAGUCACCUUCAAGGUAUUCAGUCCUUUUAGCCAGCUAAAAAGAGACAGACAAAGCAGAAGACUGUCUAUAAGCCCCAGACACCCCUGUACACCCAUGGAAAUUGUUACUGUGCUGAUCUACUGACUGCACAAUAAAUAGUGCCUCUUUAAAUUAAACCCUAACAUUGAGCAGAAGUUAACAUUUCAUACCAAUUACAAUUGGAAGUUAAGUACUCUCCUUACUUUAGGUAAAGAUUAUAUAGUCUGCUUAAGAAUAAAGCUUUAUAAGUAUCUUAAGGCACAAUGCAGUAUAUGGGAGUCAAUCCUGAGAGAGUUCCUUGAGAACUGUGCUAAAAUUGCACAUGGAUUUAAAAUCCUAACAUACGUGAUUCAUAACUAAGUAGUGAAGUAUAGAGAAAUGUAGAACAAUCAUUUGAAGUAUAGAGAAAUGUAGAAUAAUUAUUUACAACAGUAAGUCCAAAAAGGUGAUCGUUUAUAAGAUGUAUAUUUAGUAAUUUGCUAAAGAAAGUUAUCGUUGUUUUCUAAAUUUUAAAUAAUGUAUAAGAUUUAAUAAAUUACUGUUUAAAAUUGUACUACUGCAGAGCCUUAGUCCAUGGGCAUGUUCCAGAACUGUAUAAUAAAACAGAAAAAAAAAAAAUUACAAUAAUCGGUAAGAGGCAAAUAUAUGGUGAUGUGUAUGGUACAGUGUGCACUUUCAAAGAAGUGUUUGUUCCAAUAACUUGAGCCUCACAUGUUAUUUUCACCUGUCACUUAAGUAGCAGAAAGUCAGUCUGGAUCUUUUGAAUUAACAUCAAUGCCUACUACAAGUGAAAUUUGUCUUUUUGUGAACAUCAAGCAAAAUCUUGUCUGAUGUAAAUGGAUUUCUGGAUUCCAAAGCUUUUAAAGAGCUUUGUGUAAAUGCAGUUUCAUGUCAGUGUUAAAAUGUCCCUUAAAGAGGACUGGACGUGUCAUUGUUCAAUUCUCCAGCUAGUGGAAGUAAUGCUUUGCAGUAAGUAAACAAUGACA